CUCUGAUAUUGCUCUGUAGUGUUCGAUGUACCAUUACAGAAUGGUUGACGUGCUCCAUUGCUAUAAUAGUUAGAGCUUUAAGUCGCACUUGAAAAAAAUUGAGAAGUUUCAGUGUUUUAGUUUAAUUUCAUAAAUAGUUCUUGAAUUUACGGAUCCUUUUUGGUGACAAUGAUUCAAUCAAUUCUGUCGUUUUUGUGGUCCCAGUGGUCACUGCUUGUAGGCGUAGGACUUUUCGCUAUCUACAAGUGGUUGACUGCGACUUAUGACUUCUUCGAGAAGAAAAACGUUCCCUAUGACAAGCCUGUGAUUUUCUUCGGGAAUAUGAGGUCGAUGGUUCUGCGUCAGGAGUCUAUGUUUGAUAUGUUCAAACGAUUCUAUAUGAAAUACAAGGAUGACAACUACUACGGUAUGUUUGAAAUACGCAAUCCAAACAUGAUGGUCUGCAACCCGGACCUAAUAAAACAAAUUGCUAUCAAGGACUUCGAUUACUUUGUAAAUCAUCGAAUCAUUCUGGAUGGUGAGGAUGAACCAUUGUUCGGAAAUUCUCUAUUCUCCUUGCAAGAUCAGAAAUGGAGAGAUAUGAGAGCCACUUUGAGUCCUGCGUUUACUGGGAGUAAGAUGCGUUUGAUGUUCCAACUGGUGGAUGAAUGCGGGCAAAAAGCCAGUAAAUACUUAAGGACUCAAGCAGACUCAAAAGGGCCAUUGGAAAUGGAUUUAAAAGAUUUCUUCACACGUUUCACUAACGAUGUCAUUGCAACUUGUGCAUUUGGACUUCAAAUCAAUUCAUUAACGGAAAAGGAUAAUCAUUUUUACCACAUGUCCAGGAAGGCGACCAACUUUUCGGGGCUUGCAUCAUUGAAAUUUUUCCUCUUUGCUAAUAUCCCGAAAGUGAUGAAGUUUCUCCAAAUAAGGCUGUUUGAUGAAAAGUAUGCGAAGUACUUCAACAGUUUGGUUUUGGAUACGAUGCAACAAAGAGUUUCGAAGGGAAUCAUCCGACCUGACAUGAUCAAUCUGCUUCUCGAGGCUCGAAAGGGUACCUUGCAGUCGGCUGAUCUGGGAAAAGUGGACUCAAACGAGGGAUUUGCAACUGUGGAAGAAUCGACGGUGGGCCAGAAGACAGUCAGUCGUCAUUGGACAGAUGACGACUUGGUCUCCCAAUGUUUCCUGUUCUUCGUUGCUGGUUUUGAAACAUCUUCCGUUCUAAUGUGCUUCUGUGCUCAUGAGCUGAUGGAAAACCCUGACGUCCAAAAGAAAUUGAUUGAAGAAAUCGACCAAGUACGCGAGGAACUAGGUGAUAAUCCUUUAACAUAUGAAGUCCUUCAAAAAAUGAAAUACAUGGACAUGGUUAUGUGUGAAACACUAAGAAAGUGGCCACCAGCAAUAGCGACUGACCGUGUUUGUAGUAAACCCUACGUGCUUGGCAAUAAGGAUGGAGAUGGGGUUAAACUUAACAAAGGAGACGUGAUUUCUAUUCCAAUAGUUGGACUACAUCAUAAUCCUGACUACUUCCCAGAACCAGACAAGUUCAUACCAGAAAGGUUCAGUGAUGAAAACAAAAAUGAUAUAAAACCAUUUACAUACCUACCGUUCGGACUAGGACCAAGAAAUUGCAUUGGUUCUAGGUUUGCUCUGAUGGAGAGUAAGGCAAUAAUUUUCCAUUUGCUGUCGCAAUUCACAAUUGAAGCUUCACCAAAAACUUGUACUCCUUUGAAAUUGGCUAAAUCAGGGUUCCAGCUUCAACCAGAAGGUGGUUUCUGGUUGAAUUUCAAACCUAGAAGCUAAUCUUCUAGCUGAGGUCCUGAAAUUUGGCAGAAGCUAUUGACAUAGCUUCACAUGGGAGAUUAUGUUGUAUUUGUUUUGUUAUAUCCUUUUCAAUUUUAAUAUGCGCAAUAAAAUUGGCAUUUUGUAUCAGCUGUGAAUA